UGGCUCUGGGAGGUCACAUGUUUCGGGGUCUCCUUUGUUUUGAGUUGAGCUGGAACUUGGAAAGAAAAAGAAGAGAGUGAUCGAAAGACGGAGGAGGGAUCUCCGGGAUUGUUUUCUAUUUCCAAUCUGCUGCGGGGGGAAAAAAAGCGACUCACAGUAUCUAGAAGAAGUCAUUCUUCAGUAUUUCUCCAUGAGAUUAUAAACAGCUGGUGCAACAAUGGUACUAAUAUUGGGUCGCAGAUUGAACAGAGGGGACAGCCGGGCCCAGGAAUCCCCAGUGACAAAACGUAAAGUUUUUGAAAUGGACCCAAAAUCCUUAUCGGGUCAUGAGUUCUUUGAUUUUUCUUCUGGAUCAUCCCAUGCUGAAAGCAUACUCCAGAUCUUCAAUGAAUUUCGUGACAGUCGCUUGUUCACAGAUGUAAUAAUCUGUGUUGAAGGUAGAGAAUUUCCCUGCCAUCGAGCUGUUCUUUCUGCCUGCAGCAGCUACUUCAGAGCUAUGUUUUGCAACGACCACAGAGAAAGCCGGGAAAUGCUGGUAGAAAUCAAUGGAAUUUUUGCAGAAGCCAUGGAUUGCUUUUUACAAUAUGUGUAUACAGGCAAAGUGAAGAUCACAACAGAGAAUGUGCAGUAUCUGUUUGAGACAUCAAGUCUCUUUCAGAUAAGCAUUUUGCGUGACGCUUGUGCGAAAUUUCUGGAAGAGCAGCUGGAUCCUUGCAACUGCCUAGGAAUCCAGCGUUUUGCUGACACACAUUCUUUGAAAACUCUGUUUACCAAAUGCAGAAAUUUUGCACUGCAAAAUUUUGAAGAUGUGUCCCAGCAUGAAGAAUUUCUUGAACUUGGAAAGGAUGAACUUAUUGAUUACAUUUGCAGUGAUGAACUGGUAAUCAGUAAGGAGGAAAUGGUUUUUGAAGCAGUUAUGCGCUGGGUUUACCGGGCUGUUGAUCUCAGACGUUCAAUGCUACAGGAACUUCUCACACAUGUUAGGCUGCCUCUAUUACACCCAAACUACUUUGUUCAGACAGUAGAGGUUGACGAGUUGAUCCAAAACUCUUCCGAGUGUUAUCAACUAUUGCAUGAAGCAAGAAGGUACCAUGUACUUGGAAACGAAAUGAUGUCACCAAGAACCAGGCCACGAAGAUCAACUGGCUAUUCUGAAGUGAUAGUUGUUGUUGGAGGCUGUGAACGUGUUGGUGGUUUUAAUUUACCAUAUACAGAAUGUUAUGACCCCAUGACAGGAGAAUGGAAAUCAUUGGCUAAAUUACCAGAAUUUACAAAAUCUGAGUAUGCUGUUUGUGCUUUGAGGAAUGAUAUUCUUGUUUCAGGUGGAAGAAUCAAUAGCCGUGAUGUGUGGAUUUAUAAUUCUCAGCUAAAUAUUUGGAUCAGAGUUGCCUCUCUAAAUAAAGGGAGAUGGCGUCAUAAGAUGGCUGUCCUUCUUGGUAAAGUAUAUGUAGUUGGAGGAUAUGAUGGGCAAAGCCGACUGAGUAGUGUGGAAUGUUAUGACUCUUUUUCCAAUCGAUGGACAGAAGUAGCUUCUCUAAAAGAAGCAGUGAGUUCUCCAGCUGUUACCAGCUGCGUAGGCAAACUGUUUGUGAUUGGCGGAGGUCCCGAUGACAACACAUGCUCUGAUAAGGUUCAGUCAUAUGAUCCUGAAAGUAAUUCUUGGCUUCUCCGUGCAACAAUCCCAAUUGCCAAGAGAUGUAUAACAGCUGUAUCACUAAACAAUCUCAUUUAUGUUGCGGGAGGACUCACAAAGGCAAUAUAUUGCUAUGAUCCAGUUGAAGAUUAUUGGAUGCAUGUGCAGAAUACAUUCAGCAGACAGGAAAACUGUGGCAUGUCUGUGUGUAAUGGCAAAAUCUAUAUCCUUGGUGGGAGACGAGAAAAUGGAGAUGCCACAGAUACUAUUCUUUGUUAUGACCCUGCAACCAGCAUCAUCACUGGAGUCGCAGCUAUGCCCAGACCAGUCUCAUACCAUGGCUGUGUGACUAUUCACAGAUACAAUGAAAAAUCCUUCAAACUCUAAAAAGGAGGAGAGAAUCAAAGAGAUGAGUGGCAUGUUACAACCUUGAGAGAUUAUGGAGAAAAGGGAAGCACAUUUUCCAUAGUGGCAUCUGCAAAGAAAAACAUUCUGCUUCUUUAAAUGUAAAAUGCAUUCAAAAACAAUGUAAAUAUUUCUAACAACUGUAAUUCAAUGCUAUGUGACAUGUUUUAUUCUGAAAAUAACAAUUGUUUAUAUUACUGAUUGGAUCAUGUUCAGUUUUGUAGUAUUAAUAAUCAAAAUCUUAGUUUGUCGUGUGGAGCAGCACUUGCAAUACUUUGCAAGUAUUCAUGUCUGUUUUUACUGAUGUCUUCAUGUUUUCAUACCUUUUUGUUGUAAGUAGUGUUAACUUUGCUUUUUAAGGUAAUUCAUAUCCACAAGCUAUGUUUAAAUGGUCUAAAAUGACAUGGCUUCAAUUGCCAAAUUGACUUUUCCAGUUUCUUUCAUUGAAUGAAUUAACAUUAAUAUAAGGGUUCUACAUUAGGAUUAGUUUUUGUACUUCCACUGCAGCUUUGUGAUUCCACCUUCAUCUUGCCUGCUCCCAAGGCUGGAAACCUUUCUGGAGCAGUUUUUGAUGCCAGAGGGGAUUGCAGCAGGACUAAGUGGGAAAGAAAGCCCAAGUGCUGUCAAUACUGGAUAUAGAAGUACGCCACUGCAUAUUAACAUUAGCCUAGUGUAGCAAACACAGACUUUCUGUUAAUUAAAUGUACAUCAGUAACAUGAUAAACACCUUGGUAGUAAACAGUAUUUUUAAUUAUUCAGUACUCUAAGUAUAUCUGGAUAUUCAGCGAGCUUUAGUGUUACUCUGAAGGUGGCAACAGGGUUGCUCUGAAAGUUAUUUCUAAACUAAAAUAUCUUGGCCAUCAAUUAGUUGCUUAGAAAUCAUAUCUGAAGUGCAUCUGGAGCUAGAAGAUAGCAGAUCACAAUUGCCCGCUAUAAAUCUUCCGUGUAACCCAUGCAUUUUUAUUAUGAUUUUUUUUCUGUCACACAUUCUCCUAGAUUUCUACUGCCAGCUGUCACACUCAGAUAACUUCAGUUAAAUGAACCCAUGAGUUGAGUUUUUCAUUCAUGAAUAUAAUGAUCAAUAUACCAAGAAAUUGAUUAACAUGAAUUUUACUGUUGCCUGUUCCAUCAAAGAAAGAAAAUACUUAGUAUCUAGCUUAUUCUGUACUUCCUUGUCUAGCCACUUCCUCCUUUGGGCCACUGAAGUGGAAUUUUCAUGUACCAUCACGCUAAGGGGAAAACAUCUAUUCAUUCUGCAGUAACCUGUGUCCUUCAACAGAAAUUGUUAUAGUGUAUAUUAUUUAAUCUGAAUUCAACUAUGUUUACCCUACUUUGCUAUAUAUGUCUCUCUUCAGAGAGAGCUGUGUUAGCUUCUUAUAGCCUAAAAGACAUAAAGGAUUCCAACAGCAUCUGAUGAUGUGGACUACACUGCCCUAUAUCCCAGGAUCUGAUCCCAGAUUAUCUGCUUUGAACUUGAUUAUAUGAGUCUACACUACCAGAUAAUCUGAGAUAGGUAGAUAAUCUGGGAUCAGAUCCUGGGAUAUAGGGAUCCAGCCUUAGUCUACAUCCAAAACUGAAUGUGCCUUAACCUUCAUCCUGCUUGUCAUCCAGCUGUGGACAAAAAGCAAGAUGUUCCACAGUCUAAUGAUAGUAAAUCUUACUCAUUUGUGGAAUUCAAAUACAUACCUAAGCACCAAUAUACACUUUUAGCCUUAAGACUGUAGGUUCUACCUCCUUAUUCAGGGAUCCUGGGAACAACCCAUUCCUGGGGAGAUCAUUGAUUUCAUUUUAUUUUUCUUGCUCAGCACAGUUGCACUAAUAUUCAUGAAAUAAAAAAGUGACAAAAUUGGCAGAUGAAUAAUGAAAGAAUACUCUACAUGAUGAAAUAAUUCACUCAGGAAUCACAUAUUUUUCAAGCUGAAAUCACUUGUUAUACAGUGAUACCAAGGUUAAUGUGACCUAUAGUCCAAGACAAUUUAAAAGGCUUUUUUCCCAAUCUUUAAAUUGAUGUCUUUCACUAGUUUCCCUCAAUCUGUCAAACAAAAAGCCCUUGCGAAUGGGGACCAUUGUUACUUAAUGACAAAUAAGUAUGUUGCCUUUGUGUUGAGGCAAUAAUUAGUAUAAGCAUUGUUAAAAGAAAUAGAAAUUAACUAUCACCUAAGUUAGUUCUGCAUUUUGUGCUGUCUUUAUGUGUUAGUUAUUCUUGACAUUCAUGUAUAAAAUUGUGCCUAUUUUGUAAAUACACAUUUUUCAUAGUUGUGAAAUUGUAUCCUAGUUGUGGUUGUGAUUUUUUAACAGAACAUUUGAGAGGACAGUUGUUAUAUUAAGUUUGAAAAAGAUUGAUACUGAAAUCAGCAUUCAGCUAUUAAUUCCAAAUCCAGUAGACUCAUCAAAUCAAUGGAACUGAUAAGUGUGAUUUACCACAUUCCUGUUGAUACAAUGAGUCUACUUUAGUUGGGACUAAUAAUUUUAUUUAGGCCUAAUACUUCUGUGUGUGGUUACAUAUUCAACAAGUUUGAUACAUAUAUACUUGACAAAAUGUUUUUGUAAUGCAGUGCUAUAAAUAUUGGCUCAGAAAUGCAUACUGUUUAUUUUCAGUGGGUUUAGUUGUAGGAUUGUUUUACUGUUUCCCAUUGUGAGAAAGUAUUUGCUCAGCAUUAAACUUUAGGGUCAGACCUCUCACAAAAGGUAUGUUGACCUAUGAAGCAACAUUUCAUACUUCCUAUUAACAAUACUGUUUCAUUUGGGAAUAUUUUGAAAUAUUUGCCAUUAUGCAAAAAUUAAAUGUUCUCUAUACACAAUUUGAAGAUGGUUGCGGGAUUUUAACAGAAGAAAUACUUCACACUGGUUUUAAAGAAUAGCUAUCAUACUUGGUCACUGCAAGUUCCAUUGGCUGCAAUUUUAACAUUCUUCCUCAAGACGGUUAAUUCACACUGCCAGCUGCAUGGAAAAGUGGUAAAGAAAUAGGUGUGUCUGUUUUAGAUAUAGAAAUGACAUGGAUUCUAAAGUCAAAGAUGCCAGAUUUCUGUCAAUUUUUCCAUUUGCCUCAAGAGUCGCUCUGGGAAGUAAUUGUAACUUGGUUCUUUAAAAGACUCCACCCAAAUUUUGAGGAAAGUGCCUCCUUGAAAUAUAUAAUGCAUUCUAUUUUACAGCGUGUCAUCUAUGCUGACUUUAAGCACCGUGAAAAUGUUAUUUUUACAAGGCUGUACAUUCAAUUUAGGGGUUUAACGGGCAUACAAGACGUUGGUGUGAUAAAUUUUAAAUGACAUACAGAUUAAAAGCAUUCAAAUAGGCCAGCAUUGCUUCACCGUUCAGUUAAACAAUUUUUUGAAUAUUUGUCAGUACUACAAGAAAAAUGGCAGCUAACCUCAUAUGAAACCCAUCAGGUAAGAUCUUCCCGUUGUACUUCAAAGGUUUGAACCAGGGACAGUACUUUGAAUAGAAUUACCGUAUAUUAUUUUUAUUAGUGUCCAUUAUGAACAUAUUGGCCUACUUAAUUUUAAGACCAUUUAAUUUCCUUUCUUAUACUUAAGUGCAUGAGUUGACAUUUUAAUGUAUGUAUUUAUAAGUAUGUGUGAUUUGUUUUCAUGACAAUUUAUCAAUGAUUUGCUUAAAGCUACUGUGUAUAGUAUGUAGCAGUAUUUAAGUGAGGGUGAAAAGCAUGUGAUUGUAGCUCAUCCAAAGAAUAGAACUUGUAUAUUUUUAAACAAAUCUAUUCUUACUGUAAUCUCUGCCAAAAAUCCUACUUCAGAAUAAAUGUUGCUAAUUUGUAUCAUU